UAUGGAGAAGGAUGGUGGUGAUCGUGAUAAUGCUGCACUAGUGACGCUGAUUGUGAUGUUGUUGAUAAUGGCAAUGGGUGUGUCCUCUGCUUCUUCAGCUUCAGCUGCAGCAGCUUCUUCGCAACUCAGACGAAAUCUGCUUGCCAACGGACUUGGACUCACUCCUCCCAUGGGGUGGAACAGUUGGAAUCACUUCCACUGCAAAAUCGAUGAGAAAGUCAUCAAGGCAACCGGUAACUCGAGCAACUUAACUUAUCCCUAAUCAUCGAAGCCAUGUUUUGUUUCCAAAGCUUGCUUAAUUUCUCUGGUUGGUUUGACAGCCGAUGCACUGGUUUCCACCGGUCUCUCUAAACUUGGAUAUACCUAUGUUAACAUAGGGCAAUCUAGCGCCAAAUAAAUCAACAUUUCCAUCAGGCAUUAAAGCUCUUGCGGAUUAUGUUCACAGCAAGGGUCUUAAGCUAGGAAUUUACGCAGAUGCAGGAUAACACGACUAACUCUCGUACUUCACUUGCAGCAAAACCAUGCCUGGUUCACUUGGCCACGAAGAACAAGAUGCCAAAACAUUGCAGGAUAACACGACUAACUCUCGUACUUCACUUGCAGCAAAACCAUGCCUGGUUCACUUGGCCACGAAGAACAAGAUGCCAAAACAUUUGCUGCUUGGGUUCGAUAUAUAUGGAAUUGAUUACUUGAAGUAUGAUAACUGUUAUAACGAUGAAUCCAAGCCAACUGUUAGGUUCCCUGUAAUGACCCGAGCUCUGAUGAAAGCAGGUCGUCCCAUAUUCUAUUCGCUUUGUGAAUGGGGAGAUAUGCACCCUGCUACAUGGGGUGCUAAUGUAGGAAAUAGCUGGAGAACUACUAGUGACAUUUCUGAUACAUGGGAAAGUAUGGUCUCUAGAGCAGACAUGAAUGAAGUUUAUGCUGAAUUUGCCAGACCUGGUGGCUGGAAUGAUCCCGACAUGUUAGAAGUGGGGAAUGGAGGAAUGAGAAAAGAUGAAUAUAUAGUCCAUUUUAGCAUAUGGGCCAUUUCUAAGGCUCCCCUUCUUCUCGGUUGCAACGUGGGGAAUAUCACGAAAGAGACCAUGGAUAUCAUUGCAAAUAAAGAGGUUAUCUCCGUAAACCAAGCAGAUCCACUCGGUGUUCAAGCUAAAAAGGUCAGAUUACAAGGGAAUCGUGAGGUUUGGGCAGGGCCCCUCUCAGGAUACAGAGUAGCUUUACUCCUUGUCAACCGAAGCCGUAAGCGAGAUUCGUUCACAGCUCACUGGGACGACAUUGGGAUCCCCACAAACAGUGUUGUUGAAGCAAGAAACCUCUGGGAGCACAAGACAUUGAAGGCACGAUUUGUUGGAAACUUGACAACCACGCUGGACUCUCAUGCAUGUAAAAUGUAUGUUCUGAAGCCGGUGGGCUAGUUGGCCUAGUUUGGUAUUGUUAUGUUUUGAAAAAAAAAAUGUUUAUGUUAUGCUCUGUAAAAUAAAUAAGUAAUGUGUUUGAUAAACUAUAAUUGUAAAAGUGCUUCUAGCAAAAA